UUCUCUUUCUAGUUGCUGGAUUCAAACCGUGCAGACUCGACUUGUCUGUACUCCCGUUCAUAUUCGUCUUUUGGGCGAAGGAUUUGGAGGGUCCAGUGAGGGUAGACCGUGAUGCGAGAUGCGAAUCUCUUCAACAUGAACCGGGCUUUGCCCAGGAUGAGCUGGUCGUCCAAAAAUCUCUAUAUUUUGUGGAGAAGAUCGUUAGGGGGCCUCCAAUUCCAGACUAACUUCAAGAACCAGCGCAAGACUCUCACUCUCUUCCAGCAGCGCUGGAUAUCCAAGUCGCUCGUUCGUGCAUACCACGGAGACUUCAUUAAUGAGAAACUCUUCAAGCGAUGGUAUCUGCCUGACACCAUUCCAGACGUCCGACCUCGCAAGACCGCUGACGAUUCUAUAUUACUGAAUAAGUGGGCGCGGAAAGACAAUGCUGCUACGAAGCAAGCGAGGCAAAAGGAGGACGACGACAGUAAAGCACUGGCACCUGUCGGCAGUCUGAUGUUCGUCGAGAUUGAGAGGCGGAUUGAUGUGAUCAUCUUCCGAGCGUGUCUGGCACAGAGUGUCUACGAGGCUCGCAGGAUGGUGGUACACGGCAAUGUGUUGCUGAAUGGGAAGAAGCACACAAAUGCGAACACUAGGUUGGCUCCUGGCGAUAUGGUGUCUGUGGAUCCAGCAGCAAUUCGCUUUAUUCAACCAAAGGCGGAACCGAAGGUCGAGACUGAGGUCGAGACGCAAGAAGAGUCAGAGAAUGCUGAAGCUGCAGAGUCGGAAGCAAGAGCUUCAGAAUCCGAUUCUGAAUCUCUCGAGGCAUCUGAAUCAAAACCCGUCGAGACAAAAGCGACACCUCGCACGCCAGACCUGUCGUACAAGGAGAAGAAAAAGGCGAAACGUAAUCUUACACCCUUCCACCUUCCAGACUAUGCCUCCCCAUUCAUCUUCAUCCCCGCCUACCUCGAAGCCUCCUUCUCAACUUGCUCCGUCAUCUACCUCCGACACCCUACCGCCCGUCCAGGGUACUCGGAAAUCCCUACGCCGUAUGAUGCCGAUGGAUACGUAGUGCGGUUCGCCUGGGAGUGGUAUACGAGGGUAAGGCCUCGGAUCAGGAGUAAGAGUCAGUUGGCGAGGAUGCCUGAGAAUCGGAAGAGUGUGGAGGAGUUGCAGGCGCAUUGAUUACGGGCUGUGUUUGGUGGUAUACUUAGUUUGCUCUAAUGUUAAUAGAUGUGUCUGUCGAGCUCGCAAUCCAGCUAUCAGCAUAUG